UGAAAGCUGCUCAGCGCUGCUCUCCAAGGAGCUGCCCGGGCCAGCUGCAGGCUGAGAGCCCGGCCACAGCUGGGCAGGGGCACGGCUCGGCUCCCCAGCCCUUCCCCUUUCCGCUCCGAAAUCGCCGCACGGGCUGCGCUGCGAGCAGCCCCGGGAGCGGCUCCCGGCUGUUUCCCGUGCCCCGGCAGCUGCGGAGGACUCUCGGCGUGGCACAGCAGAAGAGGGACCACACACGCCAUCCCACGCUUCUGUCCAGGUCUCCCAGCAAGAGCAGAGGCUCUGUGCCUGAGAAUGGACAGCGCUCUAGACCCUUAGCAAAGUACCCCAGCAGGCAACUGAGGCAAGAGGAUAAUCCACCCCCACAAACAUUCUGGCAAAGAAAAGCAGACAGCAGAUGUGAUUUCUUCUUGGAGAUCUUUUAAAAUGUAAAUCUGACUGACUUGAGAAGGCAGCUCAAGCUCCCACAUUACAAACUACCACACUGACACACUCCUGUGUGCUGGGCUGCUGGAAGUUUAAAGCAAACUCUGCCAGCUGCACAUGCGAGUUCCUUGCAAGGGAACACUGGGACAUAUUGGCGUACGCUGGGUAUCUCCACACUUGACUAACAGAAGAGGAGUUUUUACAGAACUUUUUGACCAGGAAUAUUCAUAUCCCUCAUGCUUCAUGGAAUGAAGAUACUGUAAGAUGUUCAACUCCAGCACCAACUCCUCGGGACACAACUGCAGCCACAGCACGGUGAUAACUACAACAGUCAUUCCACUGCUCUACUGCUUCAUCUUCCUCGCAGGGCUCUCGCUCAAUGCCGUGGCAGCCUGGGUCUUCCUCUACGUUUCCAGCACCAAGAGUUUUAUUGUCUACCUCAAAAACAUCGCUGUGGCUGAUCUCCUCAUGAGCCUGACAUUUCCUUUCAAAAUCCUUGCCGAUUCAGAAAUUGCUCCUCCAGAGCUCAACCUGUUCGUGUGCAGAUACUCCGCGGUUGUGUUCUACAUGAACAUGUACACUGGGAUCACCUUUUUUGGCCUCAUAGGGUUUGACAGAUACUACAAAAUCGUAAAGCCUUUGUUCACCUCUUUUGUUCACACAGUUAACUACAGCAAGGUGGUCUCUAUAAUCAUAUGGCUAUUAUUAAUGAUUAUGUCAUUUCCAAAUAUGAUUUUAACUAAUGAAAUCACUAAAGACAAUUACUCCAGAAAAUGUAUAGGUCUUAAAAGUGAGCUUGGCAGACAGUGGCACAAAGCAACAACUUAUAUUUGCACAGGGAUUUUCUGGGUUGUUUUUUUUCUGCUAAUCAUAUUUUACACUUCUAUAUCCAAAAAAAUAUACAGUUCUUACAAAAAAUUCCGGAGGAACUCAGAGGUGGCCAAGAGAAAAACCAGCCGGAACAUAUUCACCAUCAUGUUUGUGUUUGUCGUUUGCUUUGUGCCUUACCACCUCUGCAGGACCCCAUACACCCUGAGCCAGACCAGCUCCCAGUUCACCUGCCAGUCCCAAAAAUUGCUGUACUAUGCCAAGGAGUUCACUCUGGUGCUGUCUGCUGCAAAUGUCUGCCUCGACCCCAUUAUUUAUUUUUUCCUCUGCCUCCCCUUUAGAGAAAAGCUGUAUCAAAAACUGCAUCUCAAACUUAAAGCUUCGAGUGAGGUUGAAAUUUCCAAAUCCAGAAGAUCAAAUACACUUCGGGAAAGUAUAAACAUCGUGUAGGUUUGUGUAUCUACAAUAAUGCACAUUUCAGGAAGUUAUUCAUGAAUGCAAAUGUCCCAAAGAAACGGAGCACAUGACAACCAGCAACAAACAGAAGAAGGGUUUCAGCAUAACACCAGGUGCUAUUUCUCUGUCUAAACUCAUUAUUGCAUGUGCCAAUAUAUUCACUACAUGCUGUUUCAGCUGAUGCCAUGAUUGCAUUAGGGUGUGACAUGACUCAUCUGGAUCUCAAAAAUAGAGAGAGGAGUACCUGGAAUGGCACAUUUUGGAGCUCCAGGCCGUGGGUCUCUGAAAGGACCAUCCAACAGACCCAAAACCACACCAAUCUGCUUCUCUGGACGUACAGGAACAGAAACACAUCCACACCAAACUGUAGCAACUCCCUCGCCACUGGUGCAGGAGGAGGCAAGAACAUCCUGGAGCCGUGUGGGAACACACAGGUACAGCUGUCUAGAAACUCUGGUACAUUUAAACCCAGAAAGAAUGGUUUGCUGGUUUUCCCAUGAUUUUUAUACAGCAGUAAAGCAUUUCUGUCUGUACCACAGUAACUGCUGAAAGCCACCAACCUCCUCUAUACAAAUAUAAUCUCUUUUAUAACUUUUUUUCAGAACAGCUUUUUUUUAAAAAAUUGAUUUUAUCAUUGUACAGGGAAAACCUACCAGGGCCUCAAGUAUCCACUAAAGCUUUCAGACAGUGGCUCUGGAAGCUGAAUUUCUUCAUUUUACUUAACAAAGAAGCUAUAGGAACAGAAAUAACGUGUCCUUCACUGUUCUGCAACUGCAUUUCAUUCUAGUCCAAACAGAUCUAAGGGUGAAAAAUUUUAAAACAUUUGGUCCUUGCACCUUCUCCAAGGCUGUGGGUAACUGCUCUUGAUCCAAGACCACUGGUCAGCAGCAGCAGGAUUCUACCACUCCACAGGAUUGUACUCCAGCUAAAGGUCUGGACACCUCCACUGGGCUCACACACAGCUUUGUGCAGCAAGUUCAGCUCCAUGUAUUUCCCACCAACCAGCAGAGCGGUUCCAGCCUGAUCCAGUGAGCACCAGUACCCCACGCCUGGGGCAGCCUGGGUGUCCAUCGGACUGUGGGAGCUGGGGGUCACCAGCCCAAACCUGCCCACAGCAACUACAGGAGAAGGCUGUAUUCUGGUUGUGUUUGUUAAAGAAAACACAUAAAAGAUUAUUUAUAUGGUUCUUUCAGAGCUCCCUGACUCUGUCAGACUGAGGCUCUGCAGGCUCUGCCCUCCAAGCAAGGGAACUGGCCUGCUGGAGAAGGGAAUCUGGUGCUUUGUGGGAGAUCUUUUGUCAUUUAUGGCAAAACCUUCGGUUCCCUACAUGGCAGGGCUUGGUAUUUGCUGACAUAAAUUUACAUAGCUGUGGCUGUGAAAGAUCACUGGCACAGACAGAUGGAAACACUUCCAGAAUAUAUAUUUAAAUAACUUUUUUAUUGCUUUGCAAGCUUUGAAAAAAUUAUUUAUAUUGUGUAAUUGUUUCACACCUCACCAGAUUACUGAUAUUAGAAUGACAAGAAUCUACAUGCAGGCACCAGGGGCGCAGAUGGUGAUCAACACCCAUGUUCAAAAGGAAUGCUACAUUUCCAGCUUUUCAUUCAUGUUGAAAAAAUCCUCCUCCAAGAGCUUCCCUAGUCAGGAAAUGGUUCCAUGCCCCUGAUCCUGCUGCAAUCCCACCCUGUGAGCGACAAGUCCCAAGUAAUACCAGCGUCAAACCACACCUCUGUUCCAUCUCCUCGGCCUUGCUCCUUACUUUGCUGGAUGAACUGAGGCCAAUUUUUUUCCAGCACUGGGUAAAUUAAUCUUUUCACAUCUUUCCCAGCAUAUCAUGCCUCAGAUACCCCAAGCCAGCUCCUCACACACUCGGGGAACUCAUGUUCCAAUAUCUGUUCUCUUCCCAAGAUACUUCUGCAGGAAGGGCAGACCAUUAUGCAGUAAAGUUUUGCCGAACCACCACUUUGUCUUUUUAGGCCUAGAAAGCUCCCUGAGCUGUAAACUGACUACAGAAAAUGGGAAACCAACUGACAGAGACACACAGACAGGAACAACUGCCAGUGCUGUAGACUGGGUUUAAGAAAACCUUACAGGUAUAGGAAGAUCAGCUUUACAUGAGCAGAACACCAUAAAAUGAGUCCAUGUUUGCUCACAACUGGACACAGGAUCAUUCCAGAUUACGAAGCUUUGCAAACAUUUUGACAUAUAUGGUCUGAACUUUCAGUUUAUGACUAAACGUAAAACCAGACAUUCUUCAUCUGUUCCUUCACAAAGCUCUGGUGCAGGGUUUGUAAAUUCCUGUGGAUUCUCAACUACAACCAAGGGCCACCAUUUGGAGUUUCAGUAUUGGCUGUCAGUACCUCACCCCCAGCAUGGUGUCAGAUCUUUUCUCAUCUUUUCCAAAACCAACCAACCAACCAACCAAAAAAUAAAUAUUUCCCCAACUUC